AUGCAACUCCUUGAAGUUCAUAGUGCAAGUCUGAUUGAUCUCCUGCGGGAUGCUACGAUCGUCGAUUCCAGCAAUGGCUUGCUCUGUGUCAGACUCAGUUGUUCAUCUCAUCCCAUCUUAUUGUGGAAUCCAGCAAUGAGGCGGGUCAGAGUGGUGGCUAAAGCUGCUAAUUGUUUUGAGGAUAAGUAUUACAAGUUGGGAUUUGGAUUCUGUUCAAUUGUUAAUGAUUACAAGAUUUUAAGAAUUAGUGCUUCUAAUGCGCAGGACUGGCAAGGGGAAGUUUAUUCAGUAAAGACUGGGCUAUGGAAGAAAGUAGAAUGUGGUACCUUUGAUGGUGUAUCUAUUUGGUGUAGCAGUAUUGUUGCUAAUGGAAACAUCUUCUGGUUUGGAUUUAAGCCAAAUGGAGAGAGCAGAGUUCAUUUGUUAGUCUCAUAUAACUUGGCACUAGAAGUGUUUACGUUGAUACCAUCACCUAUUUCAUUUCUUAAACCAAUAGAUUUACUUCUCUCCAGGCUUACUGUUUAUGAGAAUAAACUUGCUAUACUUUCUCACUAUACCAUUGACUUUGAAUCUUCUUUGAUUGAUUUGUGGGUAAUGGAGGAGGAAACGGGUACAUCUGACGAAAGAUGGGAUUGGACUAAGAAAUAUAGCAUCAGCCACCCUUGUUGGUUAGUUCCAAGGACUAUUUGGAGGAAUAAUUUAGUCUGCUAUCUUGAUAUAGUGGCGUUUAGACGAAUUAGUGCAAAUGAUGGAAAAAAUGUUGUUUUGGUCAAUCUAACUACUAACGAAUUUAAGAUAGUUGUUAUCCACAAAUGUGGCAUCGGUUAUCCUGUUUUGAACUAUGUGGAAAGUCUUGUGCCAGUUGAAAAUGACUACACUGAAGAGCUUUGA